AUGACCCAUAAUGAAUUGUGGUUGUCCUACCACCAGGUGUCGCGUUCCAACAAGCCGGUAACCGCUCAGCUCAUCGAGCUCGAGUUCCAGAAUCAGAAGCUCGUGGACCUCGAGGACGUCCUCGAGCACUUGUUCCAUCAGGGUUUCAUUGAGGCCAAGUACAGACCUGUCGCAUUCUGGGAGAAUCACGAAGGUCAACGUGUUCAUGGGACGCAUGUAGUGGAAGAGUUGUUGAAGAACGGCGUCGGGAAGUGUUCUCAGACUGCUCUCCGUCUUGUCAUUGCCGAUACUCCUCCCGCGCUUUGGUUCAGCUACCACUACCUUCACAACCCCUCAGCUCCAGCAGUUACCCAGCGCGUCAAGCUUGGCACCCCGCAAACGAAGCUUGAGCUGAUUGCUCACCUUACCAACCACAUCUUUGCUAGUGGAUACCUCGCUCCCCAUCUGAGAACUAAAGUUUACUGGCAAGGAUCCUGUGGAAGGAGGAUUGAAGAGUAUGAACACCUUGAGCAUCUCCUCUGCGCCGGCGAUGGGGUAUCUGAGACUGCGUGUUUGCGUCUGGUCAUCGGUCGGUUUCCUUUCUUCAUUUGCGUUAUCCCAAUGUCUUACUGUGAUCCGCAGAUCGACAGGCAGGCCAUUGCCUUCACAGAUGCAUUGCACCGUGUUCGCCGUGUCAUUAGGAGGAUGGUCCACUUGUGAUGUCUACAAUGAUUACUGCAUUGCUGGAGGCAUGCUUGUACUUGGCUUUGCUACUAGUUAGGUGUGUCAUACAGGUACUUGAGUGGUAAUGAUGAUCCGCUUUGAUGACGAAUGUGGACGUAUCGAAGUUCCAUGGUAGUUGUAAGUGUGCAUCGCUGGCAA